GCCAUGCGCCGCAAGGGAGGAGAGAGACGUAUACGUCUGAAGACAGUUAAUCCUCAUAUAACUUGUCGAUUAUGCAAGGGGUAUCUAAUAGAUGCCACUACCAUCACAGAAUGCCUCCACACAUUUUGUAAGUGUUGCAUUGUAAAGUAUCUGGAAGAAAACAAUACUUGUCCUACUUGUCAAAUUGUUAUUCAUCAGAGUCAUCCACUCAACUACAUCAGCCAUGAUCGGACCAUGCAAGAUAUAGUGUAUAAACUUGUUCCAAACCUUCAUAAAAAUGAACAAGACAGAGAAGAAAAGUUUUAUUCUAAGAGGGGUUUACCUUUGCCUAGGUCACUCUCUGGUAAGACAACAGUUUAUUUUAUUCAAGGAUGCUUGCAAAGACCAAGAAUAAAUAUGUUAAUGGAAUAUACAGGAAAAGAUUUAUAA